CCGGCGCCGGCGGCGACACCUCUCCGGGCGAGGGGAGCGCGGCGCUCACCCCCGGCCCAGCGCGCCCCUUGCCUUGAGAGCCCCCGAAGCCUCGCCCGGCUCGAUGAGCAGCUGCGUCUGGCCGCGGCCAUGGCUCCGAUGCCCGCGUACCUCAACCCGGCCGCCGUCCUGGUGCUGGUCAGCUGCGACCUGUGCCUCGUGCGCGCAAAUAGACCUCCUCCCCCCGUCAAUGUAACUGUCACACAGCUCAAAGCAAAUUCAGCAACUGUCUCCUGGGAUGUCCCCGAGGGAGAUGUCAUUAUCGGCUAUGCCAUCUUACAGCAGCGGCAAGACGGACAGAUGCAAAGAUUCAUCCGAGAGGUGAACACCACGAACCGGGCCUGUGUGCUGUGGGACCUGGCGGAGGAUGCAGACUACAUCAUACAAGUACAGAGUGUCGGUCUCUAUGGAGAAAGCCAAGCCAGCAAGAGAGUCCAUUUCCGCACCCUGAAGCAGAGCGAUCGCCUCCCAUCUAACAGCUCCAACCAGGGAGACAUCACUGUGGAGGGGUUGGACAAAGAACGCCAGUUGCAGACAGGGGAGAUUAUCAUCAUUGUGGUGGUGCUGCUCAUGUGGGCAGCGGUCAUUGCGCUCUUUUGCAAACAAUAUGACAUCAUCAAGGACAACGAUUCCAACAAUAACAAGGAGAAGACCAAGCCUUCUUCAGAACACAGCACUCCAGAGCGGCCCACCGGGGGCCUCCUGCGCAGCAAGCCAUUUUAAGAGAUUCCUCAGUCAUCCAUCAAGGCUUUCAUUUCUUUGGGCUACGGGAAUAGUCUUUGCGCAUUCUUCCGUGAUAAAAUCUCUAGUUUCAAACCAUGGUUCUUCUGGUUUACAUUCUCUUGAACUUGAAUGCAAAUCUGUUCUUUCCAUGGUGUUUAAACUCUUUUGGAAUGGGUCUGAGAUUCUGUUUUGGCACUAUGAAUGUUCUGGUGUUUUUCUUCAGCUUUAAUCUAAUUUUCAAUAUUAACAGUUCAUCACAGUUGGCUCCUGGUCUUGUUUUAGCAGAGAGACUAGAGCUGCUCCAGCUUCUGCUUCCAAUUAUGCAAUCUAUUUGAUUUCUGUAUUGGCUAUCCAGUGAUGUCCAUACAUACAAUCAUCUAUUUGG